UACCGUGUUGAGCUUUUGUCUCUCCCUCCCUGACUGCCAGCCUCGGGGGUUUGACUUUGACACAGAAGUCAAGCCACUGCUCUGAGUGCUCGUUGGCAAGACUGUGGAGCAAGCUGUGCUGGAAGUCACCAUGGAAGAGGAGCUGGCAUACCGGUGGGAACAGCAAUGUGUGUACAUAGAGCGGCAAAACGAAGAGCUGGCUGAGGGACAGCUGCUUAAAGAGCAGCAGAGGAGACACAGAGAGGAGAAGGAACGCUGCCAACUGCAGCAGAUGCAAGUGCAGCAGGAAGAGGAGACCACAGAGGAAACGGCAGCUCUGACAUUUGCUGAGUAUUACUUGGCUGAUCCCACCCCAUCGAUCUUGACCAGUCUUCCUGAGAGCAGGGAUCUCUAUGACCCAGCAGAGAGAGAUAUUGAGGAAGAACUCCUUUUCUUGUGGACAGUGGAAGUGUAAGAGACCUUGGAGAAGAGGG